AUGAAGGCACAACGCUGCACAAAAGUCCGCCGCAUUAUUGAGACAGGUCUCUUCUACGCCGAACUCAAUGAGCUCCUCACACGUGAACUCACAAAGGAAGGCUAUGGUGGCUGCGAAGUUCGCCAAACACCAACACGCACAGAAAUCAUCAUCAAGGCUGCCAACACAAAGGAGUUCGUUGACAACCACGGCCGCCGUCUCCAGGAAGUCCGCAUGAUGAUCCAGAAGCGCUGGCGCCUUAAGGAAGACUCUCUUGAGAUCUUCAUCGACCGUAUCCAGCGCAAGGGCCUUUCCGCUCUCAACCAGCUCGAAUCCCUCCGCUACAAGCUUAUCGCUCGUAUCCCAGCUCGUCGUGCUGCCUACUCCAUCAUCCGUUUCGUUAUGGAUGCUGGCGCUCGUGGCUGCGAAGUCGCUAUCUCCGGCAAGCUCCGUGGUGCUCGUGCUUCCACAUCCAAGUAUAAAGAGGGCUACAUGGUCAAGUCUGGUGAUGUUACAAAGCAAUUUGUUACACAGGCUGUCGGCCACAUCCCAAUGAAGCAGGCUACAAUCGGUAUCCGCGUCCUCAUCAUGCUCGCCCAGGACCCAUCUGGCAUUUCUGGUCCAAAGGAGUCCCAGCCAGAUGUCAUCAAGGUUCAUGAGGCUAAGGACUAA